AUGAAUUCCAGUCCGCGUUCCGAUGCAGAUGCACCGCCCCCAAGAUGGGUCUCUCAAGGCCCGCAUCCCCAGGUCCACAACUCGGAGCCGGAUAACGACAGGCCGUCAGUCAAACGCCGGAAAAGAGACGGCAACGACUUGCGGCAACGCGUGACGCGUGCUUGUGAUCGAUGCAAGAAGCACUGCAUCGAUGCCGGGGCGAUAUGUACCUACGAUCUGUCCUACGCCCGAGGUCGACUUCCGUCGAUUCCACUGGCCCAGACGAUCCAAACGGACAAAUCGCCAACAUCGACGUCGCCUGUCUCGGCGACAUCGUACGGAGUCUUAGCCUCGCCCGUAGUGCCAAUAGAGCGGUCGGCCGUCCGCAAUACGAAUGGUGACAGUGUCCAGUCGACAGGCCAGCUGCAACAACAACACGAGACACGGAUUGGACAGCAACAUGGACAGCAGCAAGGGCAAGGACAGCACGGCCAGAGCCAGACCCAGCAGUCUGUCCAGCCGCCGUCCGAAGGUCUGUCGUUCCUGUCAGCCGCAGCCGCGGAGAUGGCCCGGCGGCCAGGCGAUGCAUCCCCAUGUAGUCUCGCCGUGCCGGAGUCUGCAAUUCCGCUGGCGACACCGCCUCCUCCUCCACCGACGGCGGAGGCGCAAGCUGCUUCAUCCCGCGUCUCGCCGGAGCCUCUGCAGACCGAUCUUCAAGGUCACUACGUCGGCCCAGCCUCGGGAGUCUCGUUUCUUCUCCGCGUGCAGAAGAAACUCCGUGAUAAUGUUUCCUUCCAACAGCCAUCAUCGUCUAUCUUUACCUUUGGCGACGCUCCGCUUCAGCCGACUACACAGGGACAAGACGACCUAUAUGUAGUCGGUGGCUCUGACACGUCACUGCUCUUCCUAACACAACCCGAGGCCAAUGCUCUGCUUGCGCGCUACUUUGACUUUGCCGUGCCUACGCAUCGCUUCCUACACCGGCCCACGGUCGAGUUCUGGCUAUCCACCUUUUAUGCCACACGAGGCCGCAUGACGACGAACACGACUAGGAAGGGCAACAACAACAAUGGCAAUGAUGGAAACGGUGGCAACGGCCGAGAUACUCGGGAAGAUGGACGUGCUCAGGCCGCCGUGCUAUUCAUGGUUUUUGCCCAGGCACGCGAUUAUCUCCCCGCGUCAGAUGUCAGCGCAGACAUGGACUCCAGUGCUCACUUCUACCGCGCUGCCGAGCGGCAGCUCGCCCGAGAAAAGGGUGCCAUCCGUCUUGCCAGUGUCCAGGCCCGAUUGUGCCAGUGUUUCUAUCUGCUGUCCCAGUCCCGUAUCAACCAGUGCUGGAGCUUGUUCGGCACCACCGCCCAUCUCGCGCUCGCCAUUGGCCUCAACCGCAACCGCCGCGCCGAUCCAGCCGGCGGUCUCAGCCAGAUUGACGUGGAGUGCCGUCGCCGCACGUUUUGGUGUGCCUACAGUCUCGACAACUACUUGAGUGCCGCCCUCGGCCGCCCACGCACCUUCCACGACGAAGACAUUGAUCAAGAGCUGCCAUCGAUUGCCGAAGACCGUGACAUUCUGCACGGCGAGAUCAUCUGGCGGCCGACACCGAGUGCGGGUUUGAGUCUAGGAAAUCAUUCUCUGGGCCAGGGUGUUGACCAGGGCGUUGGUAUCGGACUUGGUAUGAAUGUGGCAGAGGGUGGCAGCGAUGGCAGUGGAGGCGGUGGGAGCGGUGGCAGAGGCGCUCUUCGCGGGAUGUCUGUCAUGCUAGCACCAGUUGCCCAUGUCCGCCUAUCCAAGAUCGUCAGCCUGAUCCUACGCGACCUCUACGCUAUCCGGCCUAUCUCGUCGACGACCCGGGCCAUCCUCACCGCAAAGCACACAGACGCCCUACGAGCAUGGCGACAGCACGAUUUAAGCCUUGCCCGCUUCCUGGACGCCGACCGCGUCAGUGCAUCUCUCCUAAUCCCCAUCUUUCAAAGGCAGCGCCAUGUCCUCAACCUCGCAUACUGGCAUGCACUUUUGCUGACGCAUCGCCCCAUUUUGUUGAGCAACUUUGCCUACCUCCGACAAGGAGGGAGUGGCAGCAGCGUUGGCACUGGUGUCGGCAAUGGUGGUGGUGGCAAUAAUUCAGCUCCCGAUAACUUCGGCUCCUCCCAAGAAAAUGCACGCGACCCUGAUGUGCGAGCCCAGGCUCAGGCCAGUAUACAGCAAUGCGUCGGUGCGGCCAUGCACAUUAUCGAGAUUGUCGACGAUUUGUUCCAGGACGGCCAGCUUUUCCGAGCCUAUUGGUUCACAAUGUACUUUGCCUUCUCGGCCGUUGUCGUCGUUUACGUCUACGUAAUCCAGCAUCAGUCGGCACCACAGGAAACAUACGCUGCUUACCUCGCCGCCGCCGUCGUGUGCCAGGGCCAGAUUGAUCGCCUGGCUGAGAGCGGAUCGCUAGCUCAGAGGUACUCGCUCGUCCUUGAAGAGCUACGACUUAUCACUUUGCAGCAAACAGACGCUUUCCAGCUAGCCGUGGACGCCCAAGGUGAAAGGCUUUCAACCGGCAUCAGCUACAGCAAUCUUAAUAACCAUCAGCUGCCGAAUGAUCAGUCAGGCAUUCAUCGCCAGGAACAGCAUCACCAUGCCCAACAACCUCGCUCUCAAUCUCAACAGCAACAGCAACUACAACCACAAGCCGUCGACCUCUCUGCCGUGCCGUUGGCCGGUGGGUUGAUUGGCGGACUCGCGGGCGGUCUUGCCGACUGGAACGGUAGCCCUAGCAACUCUCUUGCCGAUGCCACCAGCUGGGGUUUCUUUGACUCCAUGGUGUCGUCAGGCUUCUGGCCACUCGAUUCGUUGCCCAAUGAAGACUACCAGUUACGGGGCUGA